UACCAACACACAUACAUUCGCAGAGACUCACACAGUAACACGUAUUCGCGUCAGGCAUAAAAAUUGUAAUAUCAAAAGUUCAAUUGAUUUGAUUGCAUACUGAAAUCAAAUUUUAAGUGUUAGUUCCACCUCGACGGUUCGCUUGCAAGUUUUCCCAACGCGUUCAGGUGCUAAUUGAGCAUUCAAGAAAGAGAACACACGGUAAUCGGAUUCUGAGUGCAAUUAGUGAGUGCCUCUCGAACUGCGCAAAUGGCAAAUAGCCAUAGAAAGGUGGAAUCAGCAGACGACGAACAGUAGUGCAUACCCAGACGUACAACAAUGGAUGACCUGUCGCAGGGCGACAUAUGUCGCGUCUGCCGCUGCGAGGCAUUGCCAGAUAGACCGCUCUUCUAUCCAUGCAUCUGCACUGGCAGCAUCAAGUAUAUUCACCAGGAUUGUCUGAUGCAAUGGAUGCGUUACUCGCACAAGGAAUACUGCGAGCUAUGCGGCUACCGCUUCAGCUUCCAGCCCAUCUACGCACCGGAUAUGCCGCGUGUCUUACCAUUGCGUGAUGUCCUGAUGGGUCUGAUGUCCGCCGUCUUAGAGGGCGCACGCUGCUGGCUGCACUACUCCCUUGUGGGCAUGGCCUGGUUUGGUGUGGUUCCACUAUCGGCAUAUCGAACCUAUCGCUAUUUGUUCCGGGCUAGUUCUUUUGAUAUGAUUCUCUCGCUUCCGUUCGACAUCUUCUCCAUAGAGAAUCUGGCUGCGGAUGCUUUUCGUGGAUGCUUUGUGGUAACUUGUACACUAUUAUCUUUUAUUGGCCUGGUUUGGUUGCGUGAGCAAAUUCUUCAUGGCGGUGGACCUGAUUGGCUUGAGCGCGACGAGGCACCAGCAGCAGCAGCAGUCCCAGCUGCAGCUGCUGCCGCCGCCGUCGCCGCGGCCCUUGCUCCAGAUGUCGCUCAAGAUGACAACAACAAUGGCAAUGCGCCACAGGAUGUGCCCAUGGACAAUGCCGCACCAGCUGUGGCCAAUCCGGCUGACAACGAGGGCGAAGGAGCCCAACCAGCAGCGGAGCCUGCUGCAGGAGCCGCGGCCGCUGGGGGCAUCGCUGCUGCAGAUGCCGACAAUGAUGAGCAAAACUGGAAUCCAAUGGAAUGGGAUCGGGCCGCAGAAGAGCUAACUUGGGAACGUUUACUUGGCCUGGAUGGUUCACUUGUGUUCUUGGAGCACGUCUUUUGGAUUAUCUCGCUAAACACCAUGUUCAUCUUUACGUUUGCCUUUUGUCCGUAUUGCGUGGGAAACUUUAUACUAAGCUCUAUGGAUUUGUUGCAGCCCGAGAAGCCAUUGCUGCAUUUCCAUGGACUGAUCACCACGUUGUUUGGCUACUGUUGCAUCGGACUGACCCUGGUCGUGCUUCACUUCUUUGCACGCGUCUUUCGGCUGCGUCGGAUCUGCUGGUUCAUUGGACUGUGCUACAUUGUGGUGAAGGUAUCGUUGCUGUCCGUGGUGGAGAUCGGCGUGCUGCCUCUCAUCUGUGGCUGGUGGCUGGAUAUUUGCUCGCUGCCGUUACUCGAUGCCAGCCUCAAGGAUCGCAAGGCCAGCUUCAAGGCCGCCCCGGGUACAUCUCUCUUUGUCCACUGGAUGUUUGGCAUGGUGUAUGUCUAUUACUUUGCCGCCUUCAUAUCGCUGCUGCGCGAGGUGCUGCGUCCCGGUGUCCUUUGGAUCUUCCGCAAUGUCAACGAUCCCGACUUCAGUCCCAUUCAAGAAAUGAUUCAUGUUCCCAUUGUGCGUCACAUACGCCGCCUGGUUGCCUCGGCCAUGAUCUUUGGCUUCGCCGUGCUGCUCAUGCUCUGGCUGCCCAUACGUAUUCUACAGUUUGUCUGGCCCAAUUUCUUGCCGUACGCUUUGAGCGGCGACUCGGAGGUGAAUGAUCUGAGCUUGCAGCUGCUCUUACUUCAGAUUGUGCUGCCCGGAUUCUUCGAGCAAACACAAACGCGCAUUUGGUUGAAGGGACUACUACGUAUCUGGUGUACGGCUGUGGCCUGGCUGCUUGGCAUACGCAGCUAUUUGCUGCCCGCACCGGAGCCCCAAGCAGGUGAGGACGGCGAGGCGGCUGCUCAGCCAGGGGAAGCCGGCGCUGCGGCUGGUGCUGCACCUCCGCCACCACCACCGCCACCUCCAAUACCAGAGCCAGCACCGCCACGCAAUUUGGCCGCCGCCCAUCAGGCGAUCAUGCAACGUGAUGUCCCGGUCGGUUUUCAGCCUUACGAACGACCUACAUUCUUCACUCUACGCCUGUGUGCACUGCUCUCGCUGAUGUGCUUGUCGAUUGUGUGCGCUGCCAUGGUCAUACUAACUGUUCCCGUCUACAUAGGACGCCGUCUGAUGAUGCUCUGGACGGGUCAACCGGGCGACAAGGCUGUUCCGCCAAUCCCGGUUGACAUGCCAGUGGCAGAUCCGGAGGCGGCACGCAAAAACGAACGUCUGUUGCGUCCCCAUGAGCUGUACACGGCCGAAAUCGGAGGAUAUCUAUGCUGGAUUGUGUCCCGUGGCGUGGCUGUAGUUGUUACACUGCUGCCACAGGGACGGGCCGCCAUCGUCAACAAGGUGAAGCAGUGGGCUCGCGUCGCUCUGCAAUAUGCUCUUCCUGUGCUGACUCUCUUGGGCAUAUUUGUGCUGGUGCCGUUGCUGUUUGGCCUACUCCUGGAGCUGGUAGUUGUCAUACCUCUACGCGUGCAAUGGCGCCAGACGCCCAUACACUUCUUGUGGCAGGAUUGGGCCCUGGGCGUGCUGUACACGAAGAUCGCCAUAGCACUCACACUGAUGGGACCGGAUUGGCAUUUGAAGCGAUCCUUGGAGCGCGCCUAUACGGAUGGACUGCGCGAUUUCGACUUGAAGUUUGUGAUGCGCGACCUGGCAGUACCGGUGGUGACUACAUUUGGCCUAGCUCUGGCUAUACCAUAUGUGAUCGGCCAUUCGAUCAUGCCGAUCUUCUGCACCGAUCCGUACACCCUGCUGGGCAUCUCUAGACUCGUUUAUCCAGUUAGCUUUAUUGUUGUGGGCAGCGUUUGCUUUGUGCUCUUUCAGAUAAAGCAACUGAAGAAGCUGUAUCUGUCGAUCAAGGUGGACAAGUAUCUGGUGGGUCAGCGCCUGGUCAACUAUGAGCACCGCAAGAAGCAGCAGGCACAGCAAGCGGCUGCCGCUCAGGAGCUGAAGGCGCGCCAAGAGGCCGAGGAAGCACAGCAGGCGCAAGCACAAGAGGGUGGGGGAGCAGUCGAACGCGGCGAGGAGCCACCAUUGGAUCAAGCCGAGCAGGCGGCGUUGCAUGCGCGACGGCGUCGUGAGCAGCGGCCACGCCCACUGCUUGUGGAUGCCAACGAGGAGCUGCUCUAGGG